CCCGGAAGCGAUGGCUCCUUGGGCGGGAGCCAUGAUACCUGGCAGGAUUUUCUCAGCAAGCCCUCACACCUUGUUGGAGGGCAUGGUACUAUGGAGUCCUUCCAUAAGGGCUGGCCUCAAGCCCAGCCAGCUCCUUCCACAGCAGGCUCCAUCCAGGCCUCUCUCAGUGGGCUACAUGAACUGCGCCAAGCAUCAGGAGCUCCCUGGAAAGAAGCCACUUUCGGAGAAAAAACUGAAAAGGCACUUUGUGGACCGUCGGAGAGUGCUGGUCCGUGCAGGAAAUGGAGGCUCCGGAGCCAGCUGCUUCCACAGCGAGCCCCGCAAAGAGUUCGGAGGCCCUGACGGUGGGGAUGGCGGCAGUGGUGGCCACGUCAUCUUGAGAGUUGACCAGCAAGUCAGGUCCCUGUCCUCGGUCCUGUCCCUGUAUCAGGGUUUCCAUGGAGAAGAUGGCGGCAGGAAAAACUGCUCUGGAAGAGGUGGCGCCACCCUCUACAUCCGGGUUCCUGUGGGCACUUUGGUGAAGGAGGGAAGUGAGACCGUAGCUGAACUGUCCCACCCAGGCGAUGAGUACAUUGCUGCGCUUGGAGGAGCAGGAGGAAAAGGCAACCGCUUCUUCCUGGCCAACGACAACCGUGCCCCUGCAAUGUACACCCCUGGAGAGCCAGGCCAGGAGCGUGUUCUCCUCCUGGAGCUCAAGACUGUGGCCCAUGCUGGCCUGGUUGGAUUCCCCAAUGCUGGCAAAUCCUCACUUCUCCGAGCCAUUUCGAAUGCAAAACCCACUGUGGCUUCCUACCCAUUUACCACCUUGAACCCCCACAUAGGAAUUGUUCACUAUGCUGACCACUUGUCUCCUGCAGUGGCAGACAUCCCAGGCAUCGUCCGAGGCGCCCACCAGAACAGGGGCUUGGGCCUCAGCUUCCUCAGGCACAUCGAGCGCUGCCUCUUUCUCUUGUUUGUGGUGGACCUUUCCCUGCCAGAGCCGUGGGCUCAGGUUGAGGAUUUGAAAUACGAACUAGAGAAGCACAAAGAAGGCCUUUCCCAGAGACCCCAUGAGAUCAUUGCAAAUAAAAUGGAUCUUCCGCAGGCCCGGGCCAACCUGCCCCAGUUACAGGCCCACCUAGGGCAGGAGGUCAUUGCCCUGUCGGCACUGACUGGGGAGAACCUUGAGCAGCUACUGCUGCGUGUGAAGGUGCUGCACGACGCCUGUGUGGAGGCAGAGCGGGGGCAGGGCCGCCAGCCUCUUAGGUGGUAGUGUGUGCUGUGGUCCCGGGCCCCAGGGCCAGAGGCUGGCACAGAGGUGAGUGAGCAUUUGCAGAGACACAGCGACCUGACUGAGACAUGGGUGGCUUUAAAUGCCCAAGAGAAAGUGCUUGUAAAUAUUUGAGAGUGGUUGUGUUUCUGCCUUCCUGCCAACUUGCGUCUCCCCCGCUAAGGCCCUCCGCCCUCUGGCCUAGGAUUCCCUCAGGUGGCAGAACAUUCCAUGCCACCUGAUGCCCGGCCUGCUCCCCAGUGCUUUGCA